CAGGCCGCAGAAGAUGGGGGAGGGUACUUUUGAGUCACGUGCUCAUCCUUUUUCCUCCCCACCUCUCCAUCCCAACCCCACCGCAGGCGGCGGUGUGGGGUUUCGCGGGCAUUUUUCAGGAACUUCUGUUCGGGCUUCAGAACCCGCCACUCCCAAGAUGGAGGCACCUUGCGCCGCCAUUAAGCGCGAACCUUCAGAACUAUUCCCUUUCAGGCUACAGUCUUAUGCAAGAUGGCCGACUGUGUUCCAAGCCUGCCACAUGCCACUCCCAACAUGGCAGCCAGGGCCCGCCGUUCCGGGAGCGGAGCGUAAUUCCGGAAGUGAUGAUUCUCACACACUUCCGCUUCCUUUCUGCAGGAGGAACCGUUGGCUGCUGGGUCAGGGGGGCGCGGUGGAUAUUGACCUUUGCCCCAGCCUCGUCGUGGGGUCACAGUGCAUCUCCCAGUAGCCUCCUUCUGACAGAACCCAUUUCCGGCUUCCAAGGCUUCAGCGAGAUGUUACUACUGCUGCUGCUGCUGCCGAUGUGUUGGGCCGUGGAGGUCAAGCGACCCCGCGGCGUCUCCCUCACCAACCAUCACUUCUACGACGAGUCAAAGCCUUUCACUUGCCUGGAUGGCUCUGCCAGUAUCCCCUUUGAUCAGGUCAAUGACGACUACUGUGACUGCAAAGAUGGCUCAGAUGAACCAGGCACAGCUGCCUGUCCCAAUGGCAGCUUCCACUGCACCAACACAGGCUACAAGCCCCUGUAUAUCUCCUCCAGAUGGGUCAACGAUGGAGUGUGUGACUGCUGUGACGGGACCGAUGAAUACAACAGCGGGAUCGUCUGUGAGAACACCUGCAAAGAGAAGGGCCGCAAGGAGAGAGAGACACUGCAGCAGAUGGCAGAGGUGACCCGUGAGGGCUUCCGCCUGAAGAAGAUCCUGAUUGAGGACUGGAAGAAGGCCCGGGAGGAGAAGCAGAAAAAGCUCAUUGAGCUGCAGGCUGGAAAGAAGUCACUGGAGGACCAAGUGGAGAUGCUCCGGACACUGAAGGAGGAAGCCGAGAAGCCAGAGAAGGAGGCCAAAGACCAGCACCGUAAGCUGUGGGAAGAGCAGCAGGCCACCUCCAAGGAGCAGCGGGAGCGGGAGCUGGCAGCCAGCGCCUUCCAGGAGCUGGACGAUGACAUGGACGGGGUGGUCUCGGUGGCUGAGUUGCAGACCCACCCAGAGCUGGACACGGAUGGGGACGGGGCAUUAUCAGAAGGGGAAGCCCAGACCCUUCUUGGGGGAGACGCGCAGAUGGACGCUGCUUUCUUCUAUGACCGCGUCUGGGCCGCCAUUAGGGACAAGUACCGGUCCGAGGUGCUGCCCACCGAGUACCCACCAUCGCCUCCUGCACCCGAUGUGAUGGAACCCAAAGAGGAGCAGCCCCCCAUGCCCUCGCCACCCACAGAGGAGGAGGACGAGGCCGAGGAGGACGAGGAGACAGAGGAGGAGGAGGAGGAGGACGAAGAUUCCCAGGGGGAGCAGUCCAAGGACACCCCACCCCCAGGCCCAGCCCCCCAGACGGCCAGCCCCACCGAGGAGGACAGAAUGCCGCCGUAUGAUGAGCAGACGCAGGCCUUCAUCAGCGCCGCCCAGGAGGCCCGCAACAAGUUUGAAGAGGCCGAGCGGUCCUUGAAGGACAUGGAAGAAUCCAUCAGGAACCUGGAGCAGGAGGUUUCAUUUGAUUUCGGCCCCAACGGCGAGUUCGCCUACCUGUACAGCCAGUGCUAUGAGCUCACCACCAAUGAGUACAUCUACAGACUCUGCCCCUUCAAGCUUGUCUCGCAGAAACCCAAACUCGGUGGCUCCCCCACCAGCCUUGGCACCUGGGGCUCGUGGGCUGGCCCUGACCACGACAAGUUCAGCGCCAUGAAGUAUGAGCAGGGCACGGGCUGCUGGCAGGGCCCCAAUCGCUCCACCACUGUACGCCUGCUGUGCGGGAAGGAGACGGUGGUGACCAGCACCACGGAGCCCAGCCGCUGCGAGUACCUCAUGGAGCUGAUGACGCCAGCUGCCUGUCCAGAGCCCCCGCCUGAGUACCCCGUGGAGGGCGACCACGACGAGCUCUAGCCCUGCCCCGCCCUGCCCAGUGCAGAGUAAUCAAGAUACAGAACCAGCCCCCAGUGGUGCUGCCCAUCGCCCCUCAGUCUGUGGACCACGGCCUGCCCUUGUGGGUCACCUCACCCACCCACAGGGCAGGAAGCAGGUGAGGCUCCAUGCCCUGCUUUUGGUUGGCCAGCGGGGCAGAGCCACGUUCCCAGGCCCCGGCUGCCUCCCCAGAUGGAAUAAAGGAGCCUGUCCUACCUGGGCCCCCACACCCUGGUGGCCUGGCCCGCCCUGCCCCCCACCCAGGGCAUCUGCCUUCCCUCCUGGUGGGGAAGUGACUUGACCUGUGAACCCCAAACAAUAAACAUGAUCCCUCCAACUCA